GAUCUUACUUUGGAAUACCUAAGACAUCUGUUGGUUUUAUAUGAUUUUAGAGUGAUCACCCGAGAUUCAGCUCUCCCUUACCUCACUUCAAACUAGACAAUCUUCUGUGUCUAUGUCACUUUUAGGGUUCUAAACUUGUAAUCUUCUUCCAUCCACAUUUUGAUCACUGAAAUUGCAGCUCUUAUUAGCAAAAUAUGGCACCGAAAAAGAAGACAUCAACCAUGAUUUGGGUCAGGAAAUCACAACAACCAGAAAACAAAUCGCUACUGGACUGCUCUCCUCUCCCCCAAGAGCUACUGCAAAGUUCCGAUUCUGCUUUAAAAUCACAGCCUCAACCUGCAACGAAAGAGCAUACAUUGUCCAAGCAAGACUGGUCUCAGCUCCCUGAAGAGCUACUACACAUUAUCUCCGAGAAUCUGGAAGACUGUUUCGAUGUUAUCCAUGCUCGGUCUGUCUGCCACCCGUGGCGAUCCAUCUUUCCCUUUCCUUCUUGCCUAUUACGUACAAGUUAUUCUCUUCCCUCGUUCGCCAAGUUCCCUCGCAAAAGCAAAGGUUUCUGCACCCUCGAAAAGUUCCCUAUGUUCUUUUUUAGAGUCCGUGCUCCUGCUGUUGCUGAUGGAUUGCCUUCUGAGUUUUUUGUGGGAGGAAUAAACCGAGAUAAGUCAGAUGAUCAUAUGCAACUUCCAUCAUCCCUUCAGUGUUCUGUAAAGGUUAAGAUCACAGGAUCUGAUCCGACCCUGAUGAACAUUCUCGAUACUCAGAUUCUCCCUCUAGGCUAUCAGUACAAAAUUAUCGGUUGGGAUCCUGACUCAUUGGCAACAAGUUUCAGAGGUGUAGCUUUUCUUCCACUAAACAAGGACGGAGGAAAAGAAUUUGUUGUGCUUAUCGGCUACUCUCAUGAUUUGUUGGUGUUAAGAAGUGUUGAAAUGAGGUGGAUGCGGCUUGAGAAAACCUCAAGAGCUGACUGCAAGCAUAUAGUCACUUUUAAAGGCAAAUUUUAUGCAGUCUUUAUUAACGGGGAUGUUUUUGUUAUCGAUCCUUAUUCGCUGGAAGCAACUCCCCUGAUGCCCUCGGAGCGUCUGACCUCACAGAACUAUCUUGUUCCUUCUGGCAAUGAUGAACUAUUCCUGGUUGAGAGAAUCAUCGUUCGUGGUAGUGUAAUACAAUUUUGCAAGUUAGCAUGUAGAGUGAGUAGGCUAAAUGAGGAGGCUGGUGAAUGGAUCGUGGUCACCGAUUUGGGAGAUCGUGUAUUGUUAAUUGGACAACCGGGAAAUAGCUCAUGCUCAGCUAAGGAGCUUCCUGAUGGUUGUGGUGUGAGUGGGAACUCAAUGUUGUUCACCAAUGAAAUAUUCAAUGAAACUUACUCCUAUAAAUAUGGAGUAGAUACAGGAAACUCAGAAGACGACCUCAAUUUUUGGAGAUCCUCAAGAGAGACUAGUGUGACGAUCCUCAACACAUCUCCAAUGGUGGCCCUCCGAUUUGCGCGCGAAAAGCCGUAAAAUCUUACUUUGGAUACCUAAGACAUAUAUUAGAUAAAAGAAAUAUAUUUCCUUAUGACUUCAGGUAAAGAUCUUGUGUAUCUGUGAUGUUAUGGUGAUAUUCUAGUUCUAAUUUCUAAAACUUGUUGCCUCUAUGGAAAUGAUUGUCUCAUGAAUUCUCAAAGUCAGUGUGUGGCUUUCUAAAGAAGUCAACUUUCGUCCCAAA